AUGAGCGGCGAUGGUGACUCCUCGCUUGACCCCUCUAUCCUUGUAGUGGAGGCCCGCUUCAAUGAGUCUCUGGGAAAUCAAAGUGUCAGCGGCGGUGGUGGCAGCGAAAGAUGGCAACACCAUGAAGAAAAGCAACAGCAGCAGCAGCAGCCAUUGUCACUUCCUCCGCGCUCCAGAGGUGACGUUAAUUGGAACGCCAGCAGCAGCAGCAGCCCUUCGACGAUAGAAGAAGCAGAGGGAGGGGAUGGUGACAGGCGCACGGCCGAUAGGCGAUGGAGUGACGACGGGUCAAAUGCUGGCAAUGACCGUGACGGAGGGAUAGAGACAAAUGAGGAGAAUGAGGACGAAAUUGCAGAACGUGUGUUACGCGCACUGCGGUGCAAGGACAUGCUUAUGGACGAGCAGGCGCGUAAAUUGCAACGUCGAGAGAUGGAGGCGAGGCAACUAAGAAGAGAAUUAGAUGAACUACGGGGAGAAAAACAACUUCUGAUGCAGCAGCUGCGAGGCUUUCUGGAUGGCAGCACGCCCAUGACCACUGCCUCCGAAACAGGGCCCUUGAAGGACUCAGGGCAGUUGUAUCCAUCCAUGUUGCUUCAGCGUGCGGAUUCACAGCUGCAGGACGAGAGGGCGGAGCGGCAGCAGGAUGCAAGGCACUUCAUGGCGCACAUUGAACAGCUCACGGCGCAGCUGGCCGAGGCACAGCAUGAGGCAAGGACGCGUGAGGCCAGGCACGCUCAGGAUCUUGACACUAUUCAACAAGAAAUGCAGGAAUUAUCCACAGUUGUGGAUGAUAUGCACGCAACAAAGGCAGCUUUGUGUCGCACACAAGAACAGCUUGCAAAGGCCAACGAGGAAAAGGCGCAAUGUCAACUGGAGCGGGACCGCCUUGUGAGGUCGCUGCAGGAAGCGUUGCGUCGUGAAGGAUCUGAACAUCAACGUACGCUUGAGCGUAUGCGUGCGGAGGCGGGGGCAUAUGAACGUGCAAAGGCUGCUGCAGAAGCAAAGUGCCGCCGUGCGGAGGCUGAGCAGUUGAAAUUGGCCGAGGAAUUGCGGGCGCUGAGAAUUGAAAUGCAGCAAUUGGUGGACGAAAAUGCUGCACUCACGCUGCGGAUGGAGUCGUCUGAGCAACAAUUGCGGCGCGCCCAAAAGCAGCACGUGGAGGAGCGGGCGGCAGAAGCAGAGGCGCGUCGACGGCUUCAGGAGGAGUUGGAUGCGAAGGUGAGGGAAAUGGCGCAGCUGCGCUCCACGCGUGACGCCCAGUCGCAAUUGCUGGUGGAGGAGGAAGGGCGACAUGCGUUGUUCCAGGCGGAGGUGGAGGAGUGUGUGCAGAGCACACGGCAGUUGGAGGAGGCACUCAUGCGAUGUGAGCGGCGCCGUUGCGAGGCUGAGGAGCGUGAAACACGUGUUGCGGCGGAACGGGAUGCGCUCCGUGUGCAGUUGCAGCGGGUCACUGCCGCCAGUCGGCAGGAGUUGUUGGAGCAGCAGCAGCUCACAGAGGAGAUGCGCAGCUUCCACCAGGCAAAACUACAGCAGAUGCAGCAGGCAGCAGAGCAUCAGCGACAACGUGCAGAAAGACUCGAGGAAAAGAGUGAAGAGGCCGUAAGAGAGUAUAGAACGUUGCAAGCAUUACUGGAUAGCACGCAGCGUCAAAUGGAAGAGGUCGCCGGGAAACUGCACGAACUGCGGCAGCAACGCAUGUCGCUUGAAUCCAUGCUUGCGGAGACCCAGCAGGAAAACAACGAGUGCGCCGCACGGGAGAAAAACGCUGCCGCGCAGUUGGAUGCAAUUCGAAGCCGAUUGAAGCAGCGAGAGUGUGCAUGGCGCGAGCUACGGGCCAAAAUGCAGCGGCUGGAGGAGCGUGAGCAGCGACGGCGCCUCGCGGAGGCGGCAGACUCGCUUCUCCGCAUGCGUCAAAAUCACCACUCACAGGGAAAGUGUAAAACCAAGUUGCAGACGUGCAUACGGGACAAGAUUUCCCGGGCAAGAUUAGAAGAAAAUCUGUUGGAUAAUAUUGCGGGGGUUGAUGUCAACACAACACUCUCCACAAAAGAGCCCUCGUCAAUGACAGCACCACCACCACCACCAGAAACAAAAAGGACACCGCUGCGCGGCCCGCAACUUGAUGCAUGGCAGGCAAAGUUGCAGGCCUUGGAGGCACGCAACGCCAAUCUAGAAAGACAGCUCGCUUCAAGGCAAAUUGGCCACCGUGCUCUCGUUGAGGAUCGUAAGGCGCUCCAUCAACAGAUGCAUACAUUGCAGGAGACGGCCCAAGGGCUGAUGAGUGCUCUGGAGAGACAACAUCGCGAUGCGAUCAAACACCUCGAGGAGGCGCACCGCCGCCACACGCUCGUCGCGUGUCGUGAGGCGAGCGAUGCGCUGGCCUCUCAUGAAUCUUGUGUUCGGUCCGGGGUUGUACGGGUGGUGUCGGAAUUGAUGGCGUUUAUUCGGGCACUCGAGGCAAAUGCGACUUUGGUGGCGCGUCAUCACGAACGUCUGCAGGAGGCGCCCGUCCAAAUGGCCGACGACGACGACAAGGAGAAUAUGUUGCGAGCCGCGUGCGAUGACAUCACGCGUAACUUUCUCGGGGUGGAGGGUGGAUGGGAGGCGUUGCUGCAGCACUCAUUGCGUACGACUAGCGGCCGUAAGAGCUCUCGUGCAGACGGCGGUUCGUUGACUGCGGCCAUGCGACGCCGUAUUCGGUGUUUUCUUAUGGAUUACUUGCAGGCCCAACUCCUCGGAAAGCCAGCGGCCGCAGUACUGCCCGCGCUCCGACGACAAUCGGGUAACAAGAAGAAGGCAUUGAAUGUCAGCUUUGCCGCUUCCAGCGAUGGCAGCACCGAGAGCCAUGAUGACUGGGAUGAAGAACAGGAGAAUUGUGGCGAGCGGCCUCUUGUAGAACUCUUGAUGGAGCGCGUUCGGUGCGUGUAUGGGGAUGACACGCCUUAUUAG